CAGCAUGAGACGCUCUUACGCUCGGACCAUGCAAGCGUUGGGAUAUUUGCAGGAAACAACAGUUUUGACAUUUUAAUCAAAUAAAAAGAUGUGGAGGAGCCUCAUGCUCUCACUGAUGAUGUCCUUGGCACUGGGCACAGAGGUUUCCCAGUUUCAGGAUGUAGAGUUGUUGGUGUCUGCAGAAGAGACGGAGGAGUUGCCGGAGAAUUUCGGYGAAAUAGCUGUCCUACCUGGAGACUCAAGACGUCAAAUCUUGGCGGCCCAGUUUGAGUGCUACCUGAGGAUGAUCACGGAUCCACCGCGAGCCGAAGAAGGUCCUUUCUGUAACCGUACGUGGGACGGCUGGUUAUGUUGGGGAGAUUCAGCUCCAGGGACGGCCUUGCAGAUGUGCCCUACAUACUUUGUCGACUUCGACCCCGGUGAAAAAGUGACCAAAGUGUGUAACCCUGAUGGUCAGUGGUUCCAUCACCCAGAGAGCAACAGAGUCUGGAGUAAUUACACGCUCUGUCAGGCCCACACUAAAGAGAAACUCAAGUUUGCUUUGAGUAUCUACUACCUGGCUUUGGUGGGUCAUGGUCUUUCUAUUAUCUCCUUAAUCAUCAGUCUGAUCAUCUUUUCUUUUCUAAACAGUCUUAGCUGCCAGAGGAUCUCCCUCCAUAAGAACACGUUCCUGUCCUUCAUCUUCAACUCCAUCGUCACCAUAAUGUGGCUCACAGUCACCGUGGCCAAUAACAAAACCAUAAGUUCCAGCAACCCUGUAAGCUGCAAGGUUCUGGCUGUCCUGACUCAGUACACGUCUACUUCCAACUACUUCUGGAUGCUGUGUGAGGGCAUCUACCUCCACACGCUCAUUAUUGUGGCUGUGUUUGUGGAGGAACAGCAACUCUUCUGGUACUACAUCCUGGGAUGGGGUUUCCCCAUCGUUCCUGCCGUCACAUACGCAGUCGCUCGUGGACUCUUCUACAACGAUAAGUGAACCUUUUCUUUCUCCUCAACAUCGUCCGGGUCCUGAUCACCAAGCUGAGGGAGACGCACUGCGCCGAGUCCACGGCCUACAUGAAGGCGGUGAGAGCCACCCUGAUCCUGAUCCCUCUGCUGGGAGUGCCCUUCAUCCUCUUACCCUGGAAACCCGAGGGCCGCAUCAGCCAGACYGUCUACGAAUUCUUCAUCAUUCUCUUCUCCAACUUUCAGGGACUCCUGGUGGCAGUUAUAUUCUGUUUCUGCAACGCUGAGGCCCAAACAGCACUGCAGAGGAAGUGGGCUCAGUGGAAGACCGCCUGGGGUAAAACCGGCUGGGGAGACCCGCCGGUCGCCAACAACCACUUCAGCUGUCACACCAACUCGUCCAUCGUGGAAUCCAGCCGCGCCGCCGUCACCUUGGAGCAUCCCGCCUCCUCCUCGCCUCUUCAGCAGAAAGAAACCAGUCACCUCAYGGCCGUGAUGCAGCACAAAACCAACGGGCGAGAAAAUACCAGCAAGACGUGCACCAACGGGCAGGGGGACUUUUCUAAUAUGAUGGAGACCACCGACUUCUGAAUGGAUAUUUAGCACAAUUACUCACACAAACAUCCAUCCUCGUAURAACACAUCGUUCUGUAGCUCCUUAUCCCUGACCUCAGCUUUAAGUUUAAAACCUAAUUUAACUGUUACAGCAAUCCGAAGAGUAUUUAACAAAAAAUCAGUUGUGUAAAAUCAGUCAAAGUUUAAGUUCCCAAGUGAAGUCCUAAAAUAUCUCAAAUUAAAUGCUCUAAAAAUAUAAGAAACUCCCAAAAGGAAGAAACUUGACUCCAAUUAAAUUUAUUUUCCCAGUUUGUUUUUUUUUAAAGGAAAUGAUAAUCAUUUUAUUGGUUCUUUCUAUGCUAACUUAGAAAACACAUUUUUUUAGCUGCAGUCUUAAGACUGCAAGCUGUGCAGCCAAUGUUUUACGAAAGAAGCUUGAAAAACUGCAUUCUUGGCCGCGCACAUUAUUUUGUUGCCUGCCUCAGCCUGCCUUGUACGGCAGCUGCGAGCGUUCUCGUUAAGCUUAAUGGUUGCCGCACCUCCGCUUUCUGUCCAAAAAGAUGGAAAAACACUUCAUUAAAUUUUUUGCUCAAAAUCAAUUAUUUAUUCGGUGGCAACACCAAACCCUAAAAUCAAAUCAUUGUCCUYGCAAUUAAAGUUUCAAUAAAUGAGCAGAUUUAUGAAAAACAAUGAAGCGUGCAUUGUUUCACAACUAUAUAUAUAUGUAUAUAUAUAUUGUAUAUUCAUUCACAUGUACACAUUUUACCACAGACAGCAACAGUUUUAUGACUUAUUAGAACAGAAUAUUUUGUUAGUGUUGUAAUUUGUGCCACUUCUGUAAUUAGAUGAAUUUAUGUUUUAUUUUGUGUUUUUAAGCUACUUUUAUACUUUUUUUUUGCAGAUUUGAAAUGUGAAAAUGCCAGAUUUUACUUUUUUUGAUAAACAAAAGUGUUUGUUUGUACAAUUUGUUGCCUUAAUGGAACCUUUGAAUGCUUUAACCGUACCACUGUGACUAAUGAAUGUCAUCAGCUACAAAUGCGAUUUCAAGUUUAGUUACAUUAUUUAAAUAAAAAGCUUUGAAAAGCAGAAUAUGCUUUGCUACACAGAGAAGGAAACAGUAUGUACAUUUUAAUCCAGAUUUCUUCAUUACAGCAAGAUUACAGAUUAAAAAUUGAUCAACAAAACAAUGUAGUUUGACCGUCAAGGCGCAGAAUCGAUUAAUGGAUCCUCCUCUAUAAAAUCACAGAAACUCAGGGGAUUUUAUCACAACAAACAGCGUUUUCAUAAACACUUUGCAUUUUUAGGAUUUUUUAAUGAAUAAUUUCUACUUCCACGUUGUGAACAACCUGGUGAGAAAAGUACAUAUUUAAUGCCCAGAAGUCUAUAAAAAUUGUCUAAUUACAUUUAUUUUUUACGUAACACAUCAGGAAAUAUUUAUCAGAUUUGAAGCUUUAAAACAGGAAAAAAAAUACAAAUAAAUGAACACAUUUAUUUGUGUUCAAACUGCAGUUUUUUUGUGCAAACAAGAAUGUGCCACGUUUGUAAAUGAGUUGUAAGAAUUUUAAUCUAUCACAUAAAACUCCUUUUAAUCGACA